GGGGGCAGUAACGCGCUAAUGCCGAAAACACGACGAGUAUGAAGAAAAAGAAGAAGUAGCAGGAAACGGGAGACAUCCGAUGGUGACACAUCUAAGGUUCUAUGCUCCAGCUCAGGACCGCAGAAGAAGAACACAGUUGUGAGAUCUCCCAGCUCCGACAAGCAGUGUUACAAAACAAUGACAGACUCCUCGAUGAGAUGCUGUGCCAGGAAAUCUACAAGAAGGUCAUCAACUACAGAGGCGGCUGGGGCAUCGCAGGCACGUCGCUACACGCCGCCGUGUCCAGGGGCCACCUCAGUUGUCUCCAGGUCCUGCUGACCCACGGCGCCCUGGUGGACUGUGUGGAUGUCAAGGCUCAGACGCCUCUUUUCGCCGCAGUUCGUGGAAAGUACCUGGACUGUGUUUUAGCGCUCCUCAGGGCUGGCGCCGACCCGAACGGCAACUCCUCUAACAACUGCUCCCCCAUCCUCACUGCCGCUCGGGAGGGCGACGUAGAGAUACUACAGGAACUGCUCAAACAUGGUGCUGAGGUCAACUCGCGCUCCAAAGUCCUGCUCUGGACUUCAAGCGCCAGGGUGUCGAGCGGCCCGCUCUACCUGGCCGCCGUUUACGGACACAUGGAGUGCUUCAAACUGCUGCUCCUCUACGGGGCCGACCCGGAUUACAACUGCGCCGACCCCAGACUGCUGAGUUCCAUCAAGCAGCCCAAAACCGUGCUGGAGAUGUGUCUGAGGCACGGCUGCGACGUGGCGUACAUCCAACUUCUCAUUGACUUCGGAGCCAACGUCUACCUCCCCACGCUCAUCAUCGAGAAGUCCACCAAGCAGAAUGAAGCCGUGGAACUGCUGCUGCAGGAGAGAGGAAAUCCAAAGGCCUUGACGUCACAGUGCAGGCUGGCUGUGCGAAAAUACCUCAAAAAGAUCAACAAGAUCCACAGUAUCGAAGAGCUGGAGAUGCCAACAAGUGUCAUUAACUUCUUGCAGUACAAGCCUCCGCAAGUCACGGUUCUAUAAAUACAUGUUGAAUCAUGUAGUUUGCAGCAAACUAACACAAAAAUCACCACGUCUUCAUGUUUUUCUUUUGAAAUUGACCACCUGCUGAGUCUGUGUAAUGUAAAAUAUGUUGCAUUAAAUGUUUGUGUGGCUAAGUACUGGCUACUUUAUU